AUGAGCCCCAGCCUCUCCCUCCUCGGCGGCGUCAUCGUCGGGAUUUUGUCCAUCCUCUACUAUGCCAACCAGCCAGCCACGCCAGAGAUGACGGGCCUCCAGUUCGACGCCGAGUUCUGGGCCGCCGCCGGUCCCCUCAUCGCCGUCCGGCCGCCCAGGAGACCUACCGACGCCCUCGAGCUCCGCGCGAGCGUCAACGCCGGCCUGUCCGCCAUCCUGAAGCACGCCCUGCCGGACGGCAUCGUCGAGACCAGGCACCAAUUCAAGUCCUUUGACGGCCAGACCAUCGCGCUGUACCAGUUCACGCCACCACCAAAGGCUGACGAGACCAACGGCACGCAGCCGGCGUUUAUCUACGUCCACGGGGGCGGCAUCGUGGGCGGAGACGUCGACCCGUACAGCCGGCCCCUCGCCGCCAAGGCCGCCCAGGAGACGGGCGUGUCCAUGUUCGCCGUCGAGUACCGCCUGGCCCCCGAGUUCCCCUACCCGACGCCCGUCGAGGACUGCUACGCCGCCCUCGCUUGGUUGAGCCUACACGCCAAAAGCCUCAACGUCGACCCGGCGCGCAUCGGUUUCUACGCCCUGAGUGCGGGAGGGGGCAUCGCCGCCGGAGCCGCCAUGAUGGCCCGCGACCGCCGCUUGUCACCUCCUCUGGCGAAGCAGAUCCUCAUUUACCCGAUGCUCGACGACAGGACCCGAGUGCUCCCAGAGAACCCGCUCUCGCAGUUCCUCACGUGGACCGACGCCUCGAACCGCAUCGGCUGGACCGCGUACCUCGGCGAGGGGAAGGCCGGCGGGCCGGACGUACCUGCUUACGCGGCGCCCGCGCGGGCGACGGACGUGGCGGGGCUGCCGCCCACGUACAUCGACGUCGGCGGCGUCGACCUGUUCUGCGCCGAGGCGGUGGCGUUCGCGGGCCGCCUCGCGGCGGCGAACGUGCCGCUGGAGAUACAUGUGUACCCGGGGCUCCCUCAUAUUUUUGACCUGUACGCCCCCGCGAUUGAGCUAACGAGGUGGGCAAAAGAGAACCGUCUGCGGGCGGCGAGAAGUUUAUGA